GUCCCACUCACAGUCGUGGACACAUGUCACAUUCUUUCUUUUACAUAGUUGACGAACCGUUCAAGUUAUUACUUACCUGUAAGUAGAAACGGACACAAUGUCAAGCAUUAAGAUAACUGAAGAAAACCUGUGGCAAUAUUACGAAAAAGUGUCGGAAUACGAAGCAGCAUGCAAAUUUUGCAGUCUUAUAUAUAUUUUCGUCGUUCAAGAUAUUUUCCUUCUACAUGUAAGAGAACAGCAUAAUGAAAUAGCAAGAUACGAAGAAACAUAUAAAGGACAACAAGAAUGGCCAUGGACAUGUUUUAAGUACAACGAUACUUCCACUUCACAAUGUCUUCUCUGUCGUAAGAAUUUUCAAUCUGAUUUUCAAUCUUUAGUACAUCAUUUACGCCAGAAGCAUUUUAAAACUGAAGAAGAUUUCGUAUCUCACGGUUGGGAAUGGAAAUAUUGUAAGAGAACUAAUGAUUUUACAGUAGAAUGCAGUAUACAUUCCGACUGUUCUCGCGAAUACAAUAUUAAUAUACAUUACAAAUUAAAUGAACAUAUAAUAAGUAAACAUUCGGGAGAAUUAAGAGACGCGCGAGGAAUACACGACGUAGUUCUUUCGUCAGAAUCCAUUCUGAAAUUAAAUACUAUAGAAAUUGAUAAAAACAUGUGGCAAUAUUAUACCAAAUUAUCGUCUUGCCAAGCAAAUUGCAGAUAUUGCACCUAUCAAUGUCAAUAUACGUAUAUUGAACGCCUUUCUGCGCAUAUACAACAAGAGCAUGAAGCAGUAUUUAAAUGGGAAGAAACACACAUAAAAAGCGAACAUCAAGAACCAUGGAUGUAUUUUAAAUAUUUGUAUGCAUAUAUGUCCGAUAAAGACGAAUUAUCCAUACCAUAUGCAAAGUGCCUUAUGUGUCGUGAACUGUUUGUGAUUACCCCAAACUGCUUAACAACACAUCUAUCAGAGAAGCAUUCUAAGGAAAAACAUAUUUCCACAAACAACCAUUGGGUAAUGAAAUAUUUUAGGCUGGAACAAGAAAAAAAAACUGAUGAUACUGAUAAGACCAAGUGUACCAUUUGUUACAAAAACAUAUUUAAUAGUAUUAAUCCUUCUAUGUCCGGACAUAUAAUUAAAAACCAUCCGAAACAAUUGCAAAGAUGCAUCUCAAGAAAAAAUAUGAAAAAACUGUUGUAAAAUUUUUUCGUAAU